AUGACAACAGACUCGAUGGAGCAAGUGGGCUCGGGUCUCAAGCAAUGGUUCUCUUGCUUGACUUGUAUCUGGCAUCCGCGCGAUGGGCAGGCCCAUGAGCGCCCUGUUCAUGAGAUGGGAGUCCCGCGAGAAAUGAAACUCUGCCAUGAUCAACCUCAUCUCGUCCCACCUAUGAAGCUGGUCUUUUAUGAUGACCUCCCAGGCCCAGGUGCCUCUCGUUCGUCAAGCAUAUCCCAUUGGGUUUCUGAGGGCAGGACCCUAGCAUCCAGAGCAACUGAUCGAAUAUCUACCCGAAGAAAAACCAACAAGCGCUUCUCCCACACCCCUACAAUCAGCAACCCUUCGGACUUUAGAAGGCUUCACCCUCCCGCCUCCCGUCUUGAGUCCUUCCGUCCCCUCGAGCUCAGCAUCUAUCAACCAGGGAAUCGACUGUCAGAUUUACCAGAGUUCGACUUAUUCGAUAUCGACAACUUUAACAGAUUCAAACAAUUACGCCCCAAGCCACCUGCGAAGGUAUUCUCUCCGGAAGAUAGCUCUGCCAUUCAUGGCCCUUCCGUAUCGUCGUUUAAGGUCCGUCGAAAGCCAGUGGGUUCCAUAUCUCGCCGGUCCCUGUCAGUCAGUGACCGCAUUGAAGUACACGACCAUCGACUGCAACCUCAACCUCCUGGGCCUAAUCUCGACCCGGCCCCACGAAUUUCAGUCGACAAAAUUAACAUCCGGAGCAAUACCCAUGCUGGGCAUACCCGAACAAUGAGCGAGCCGCAAAAUCGCGACAGCAGUCUCGUAAUUGAUCACCAGAAAGAGCCACAUGUCAUAAGUAGUUCGAAAGAGAUAUACGAUUUUUCAUUCCCUUCCCCACCUACCAAUACCACCAGAAUGGCAUCACAAACAGGUUUCAUCCCGCUCAACAACCAACCGAUAAAGAGUGUGGGCCUAAAAUCCCCCCGCUCCAACAAAGUCACUCAAUGGCUCUUCCCCAAACCUCCAUCCUCUUCUCCGGAUACGACAUUCCAGGCCGCCUCCACCCGGUGGACCUCACGCUCUCAGCAUCCAAACCACUCAACAAUCCACUCCCGCACCCUAAGCGGCUCGACCACAUCAUCAGCAAACAACUCGUCUGUGACGGCUUGCUCUGGAAAGACUCCGUCACUCUCCAGUGCCAUAACUACCACAACCGUCCAUCCCCCGCCAUCUAUCCCAGAGUCCGUAGACAGGGAGCUCGAGCCGACUGGAACAACCACAGCAUUCAACAUGUCUCACGGUAAUAAGAUGUUUGCUUCACGCCUUGAAGAACCCUUCCCGACUGUCUACGAAGCUGACUACUGCCAUUCCCAUCAAUAUUACUAUCAUAAUAAUGAUGACAAGUUCCUUAUCACUUCGGAAACUACGAGUCCAGUUGAUUUUAGACCAGACGCAGUCGGCGUGGCAUUUUAA